CCCGCGUGCGCAGUCGUACGCAGCGCUCCGAUAAUGGCGGCGGACGGAGGCAGCUUUCCCGCGGCGCUCCCGUGCGCUUUCUCGCCCAGGGCGCGCCAGUACCUGGCCUUGUGCGCGCAGGACGGCCGCCUUCGCAUCUGGAGCACGGACUCGCGAGCCCUUCACCAGGAGUACGUGCCGUCUGCGCACCUGAGCGCGACCUGUACGUGUGUCGCGUGGGGACCAUGCCGAGCGACCAAGGAGGGCCCGCAGAGGAAGAAGAGGAAGUUCGACACCGGGCAUGUCGCGGAGCAGACGGACCUGCUGGCAUUGGGCACAGCAUCUGGCACUGUGCUGAUCUACAGCAUGGUGAAGGGGGACCUCCACUGCACCCUGGAUGGAGGACACAAUGAUGGGGUGAACUGUGUUCAGUGGCACCCCGAGGACUCGCUCUUCUACAGCGGCUCGGACGACACGCACAUCGUCGAGUGGGACCUGCAGACAGGCCGGACACGCUGUAAGUGGAAGGCGGACAGGGCAGCAGUGACCAGCUUGUGCGUGAGUCCGGAUGGAAAACUCCUCCUCUCCGCGGGAAGGUCCAUCAAAAUGUGGGACCUGGCAACCAAGGAGGUGUACAGGAAGUUCACAGGUCACUGCACCACAGUAACGAACCUGUGCUUCGCCACGACCCGACCGCCCGACAGUGACGCGCUCUACUUCCUGUCCGGAGCGUCACAUGACCGGCUCCUCAGUGUGUGGCAGGUGCGAUCUGACGGCAGAGACAAAGACUCCGUGGUGUCCUUCACCCUGACGGACGAACCGCGACACGUCGACCUGCAGACGUCCAACAGCAAGGAUGAGGCUGUGCGGUUAGCAGUGGUGUGUAAGGAUGGGCAACUCCACAUCUUUGAACACUUUCUCAACGGGCCGUGUAAGAAGCCCUUGUCUCCAGUGUGUUCUCUGCAGGUGUCCACCCUGAGGUCAGGGGACACUCCGCUGCCUGUGCCUCUCCUCACUGCCUCUCUGUGUGCGGACAGACAGCGCCUCCUGCUGGCCUAUGGCAGCCACCUGCAGCCGGUCCUGGAGACCACGCCCAUAAACAUGUCCGAAAGACAUGUGUGCCUGAUAAGAGAUCUGAACACUGCGCACUCGCUCUCUGUUGAUACUGCAGUUUCCAAGGUAAAGACUCCCAUUGUAAACGAUCAGAAGAGCAAAGUUCUAAUGCCGGGACUUCCUGGACAUCAGGCGCCAAUCAGAGCAGCUCCCAGCCAGUCAGAGAAGAGAAAGAAGGGAGCCGGCACAAAGGAGAUGUCCAUAGAAGAGCGGUUGGAGCAGAUCGAGUUGGGUGCGUCAGGCACUGGGGGUGGAGGUGAGAGGGUCUCCACCUCCCUGCAGACGGACGGUUACGCAGUGCUCCUGGUCCAGGCGCUAGAGAGCAGAGACGCCAAGAUGAUGAACAAAAUCCUCCAAACGAAGAAGGAAUACGUGAUAAGGAACACGAUCGCCAGGAUACCCCCGGCAGUCCUGCCUCUGGUGGAGGAGCUGUCUGGAAGGUUACAAGGACAUCCGUUUGCGGCGAUACUUAUUGUCCCUUGGUUGAAGGCAGUGCUAACACAACACACUUCCUACUUGUCCUCGCUCCCAGACCUGGUGGCUCAGUUAGGGACGCUGUACCACGCGAUCGAGAGCCGCGUGAAGGUUUACCAGCAACUGACGAGACUCCACGGCAAACUCUACCUGCUCAUGACUCAGGUGGCGACGAGCAAACGAUCCCAAAGAGUGGAAGACCUGGAUCACACAGCCAGGCUGGUGUAUGAGGAAGAUUCCUCAGAUGAGGAUGAAGGUUCAGGGGAUGACGGACUCCCUGAAGAAGAUUCAGAUAGCUGGGAGGAGGAGGAGGAUGAGGAAGGAAUGGAUGUGACGGAGGAGAGAAAACCCCGUGAGGAUGAGGAGAGCUAUGAUGAAGACACGAGAGAGGAGCCCAAAGCAAACGGCGACUCCGACUUCGACCCCGAAAACGAGAGCGAAGAGGAGUGAGAACAGAACUGAACAAAAAAGCAAAACAAUGCCAAGAGGCUCCUGGAUUUUUCUGUACUUUUAAUUUUAUUUUUCUUCUUUUUUGUUUUGUCCAAAAAAAAAAAAAAAAAAAAAAUGUACAAAAGGUUGUUUUAGAGUUCCAAUGACCGCUGUGACCUGGGCUGAGGGCGGCCUUUACGGCACAGCCACUAGGGCGGCGACACGACUUACCUGAGAACUGUACAGCAGACUCGAGUGUCUGAACUCCGUUCUGCUCGUCGUUCCUGUGCCUCAGACUGCCUCUGUCUUUUCUGACUUCUGUUAGUUACAGCGGCAGUGUUGGUUGUGUAUUCUUAUAUGUAAACCUGUUCAGUACAGCGAAAGUCACAAUUUUAGGGUACCCCAAAAAAUAUUAACUCAAUUAGUAUGUAUUUUUGUUUUUGGGUUUGUUUUUGUUUGUUCUCUUCAUUUGCGAAGCCUGACGUAACUUUAGAAGUCAGAAUUUACGUCAGAAGCACUUUUUGUUUUUGUAAGUCGAGCUCGUCGUCUGAUUCAGCUCCUGACUUAACCCACACAGGAGUCCGCGGUGUCUCGGCUGUCUCACGGAGCGGCUGCCUUAGUGAGAAACCUCGUGAGAAGUGCAAGUGACGCGUGCCUCUCCACUAUCGUUUGUGCGCGCACACCGGCAACGGCCACGCUGGCCCCGCGUGCAGCGCGGUUUGGCUCCGGUAACGCCGCGCGCGGCCUGUGCAGAUGUUCCUGAACCAACUUUCGUGUUUAUUUUAUUCCUGUUUCCUCUUUUCUACGUGUCUGCAGUGUUAGGCGGGGUCUUGGCUGUCCUCUUUUUAAUAACAGCUCAACUGGUGAAAAAGCCGAGCGAAAUGCUGCUUGCGGGUAGUUUGUCAACAUAACCUUUUUCAUGCAAACAAUAUAUCGACGACUGUUGUACAGUUUAAAUGAAAUAAAUUCCUUUUUGUUCUCUGA